AUGGCACACAAACAUGCUUUUGAAGCACUGGAUCGAACUUUGAAGGACGUCAUGUCUACAUACAGUAAUUCAAAGGAGAUCUUUGGCGGUAAGGUAGUUGUUUUUGGUGGUGAUUUUAGACAGAUUUUGCCCGUUGUACCUAGAGGGAGUCGUUCGGAUAUCGUACAUUCUACCAUAAAUGCUUCUUACAUUUGGCGGAAUGUUGAAGUGUUAACUUUAACACAUAACAUGCGACUUCAAUCCGGCCCAGAUGAAGCUGGAAAAAAAGAAAUUGCCGACUUCUCAAAAUGGCUGUUGCAAAUUGGUGAAGGCAAACUUUCCGAGCCAAAUGAUGGAUUUGCCGAUAUUCAACUGCCACAAGAACUUUUGAUCACGGAUUACACAGACCCAAUAGUUGCCAUCGUUAAUUGUACUUAUCCUGAUUUUAUCGAAAACUACCAAUCUAACGACUACCUAAAAAGUAAGGCGAUACUUGCUUCUACAUUGGAAGUUGUCGAUCAAAUCAACAAUCACGUCCUUGAUCUGAUGCCAGGGGAAACCAAGGAUUACUACAGCUCAAAUACCGUCGAUAGGUCAGAAAUUCAUGACACCAAUGUAGUCGAUACACUCACACCGGAGUUUCUCAGUUCCUUAACUACUUCAGGUUUGCCUAACCAUCUCAUUAGGUUGAAGGUAGGAACACAUGUUAUGCUUAUGCGUAACAUAGACCAGUCGGAGGGUUUGUGUAACGGAACUAGGGUAAUGAUAACUAAGAUGGCAAACCAUGUCAUAGAGGCUAAAAUAAUGGCGGCCUAA